AUGAUUUAUAGGAAGAACAAUCACAAAUGCAUACCUUUAACCAUAUCAGCAGAAGAAGUGGAAGUGGUGGAAGCAAUUCCAAGUACAGAACUCAACGAAAAUGGUUCGUCGGUUCAGGACAGGGAUAACAACGAAACAAAGCCUGAUAAACUCUCAAUGGAAACUGAUAACGAACAAGAUGGUACAGCAACAAACCAUAUUGUCUACAAUCCACCUCAAAGACAAUCAAAUACAAAUGGUGGUAACCGCCCAAGUCACCUACCACAUCCAUUGUCUCAUAACGUCCAAAAGCCUUAUCAUUCCAAACAACCUAUAUAUGAUCACAACUCAUACGACGGUCCACCGCCUCCGUUACCUCCUAAAUAUCAAGCCAUGGAGAAAUACGGUACCGCCAAUGAUAUCUGGCCAGCACCGGUAUCAGACAAGCCAAAAAUCAUAUCAUUAGAUGUUAAGUGCGAAAAGAAUUUGAUGAAAGUUUACAUAGGUUUCGAUCAGCCUUUCUAUGGCAUCGUUUUCAGCAAAGGUCACUACAGUAACAUACAUUGUGUCCAUUUACCGGCUGGUCUUGGACGGACUUCUGCCCAUUUUGAGAUAGGAAUACACGCUUGUGGUACGUCAGGGAAUAGCGAGAACGGUCUGUACGGUUAUGGUACUGAAUCAGGGUCAGGAACGUACUUUGAAAAUAUCAUCGUAAUCCAGUACGAUCCUCAAGUACAAGAGGUCUGGGAUCAGGCCAGAAAACUGAGAUGCACGUGGCACGAUCAGUACGAAAAGUCUGUUACAUUUAGACCGUUCCCUGUGGAUAUGCUGGAUGUUGUAAGAACCGAUUUUGCCGGAGAUAACGUAGGCUGUUGGAUGCAGAUUCAGGUGGGGAAAGGGCCAUGGGCCUCUGAAGUAUCUGGAUUGGUCAAGAUUGGACAAACGAUGACCAUGGUGCUGGCCAUAAAAGAUGAUGAUUCUAAAUUCGACAUGCUGGUGCGAAAUUGUAUGGCCCAUGACGGUAAGAGGGCCCCGAUCCAACUUGUCGACCAAAAGGGUUGUGUGACUAGGCCAAAACUUAUGUCGAGGUUUACUAAAAUUAAAAACUUUGGAGCCAGUGCUUCUGUACUGUCUUACGCCCAUUUUCAAGCCUUUAAAUUCCCCGAUUCCAUGGAAGUCCACUUUCAAUGCACGAUUCAAAUCUGCAGAUACCAGUGCCCAGAUCAGUGUUCUGAUGGUAUUGGAAUUCAUGGUCAACACGUUCAUAACAAUAUUUUGGACUUCCCGAGUAGCGGACCUGAGGCUUCCUACGGUCCAAUUCCACCAGUAGCUCUAUCCUUGGAGUCGUAUCUUCAUCCUGGCAGACCCAGGGGUGACCAAAGGAUUAAGAGGGCAGUGAGUGAAAACAGUGACCCCGAAAGGGAAGUCGGGGUCAAUAAGGUCAUCCGGGUUGUAUCCACAGGUGAUUUAACGUUUUCUUUAGAAGAGAAUAAUAACACAGGCGGUAUCGCUUCAACGUCAUCGUCGUCCAUUCCUACCAAGGAAGAAAUUGUUAGUACUGGACUUAUUUGUAUGACCACCCCUGGGUUUGCCGUCACUUUAAUUGUACUUCUUUCUGUCCUCUUAAUUUCCUGUGUCAUGUCAGCCACUUUAUUCUUUAAACUACGACCCUUUGUACCCUUGAAUAAAGUCAAUUCGUUCUCUAACACCCCUGUUAAGACGAAACCUGUUAGUUACAUGAAUUGUUUUAGCUCAUAAUUAAUUAAUGCGAAUUUGAAAUUUUAACGCCGUAAUUGAUCGUGUCAUAUUAAGGUAAUAUUUCGGAGUUUUAAUUGUUUAUUUAUUUAUUUGUUAUUGUUAUCGGUUUUUUUUUUGUUUUGCCAAUAAAGUAUUCAUUAAGUAUUAGAGGUAUUCUGUACAGUUUUGCGGUAAUGUGUGUAUAUAUAUGUGUAUCAAUUAAUGCUGAGUAUAAUACUUAGUAUUGAUGUGUGUACGUAGUUUUAAUCGUUACAAAGGAACUUGGAAGGGUUUGGUUGGUCGGGAUGACUUUACAAUUCAGUAGUUUAUUAUAAAAGUUAUUUGAUAGUAUUUAUUUA